UUUCUAAGGUUAAUGAAGUUCUACAAAGAUGGCGCCAGCUAUUCAAAAAUGUUCAUUUAUCAUCUCCAGCAAUGUCGUUUUUUGUAAAGUUAGAAAAACUAGUCGGGUUCGUUCUGGUGCAUAUUAAGAUCAGCGAAUAGGGAGCGUUGCGCUGGUCGCUAUAGAUUUUCUUAGGCCAACUCUCUGACCAAGUAUCGCGAAAGCGCGUAGUGGUCCAGUCCGUGUCACCCAGAAUUGUUAUUUUUUUCGCGAGUAUACCGACAGAGGGACCUUACACCUGCUUGUUCUUGCGCAGGUAAUCUUCCCAAAGUCAUAUUUCUAAAACGCCGUGUUUUUACGGCGAUAAACAACGCGAAAGCGUUGUUGCUUGGCUCAGCCCGGCCAAUUUGGCCCCUAAAAAAACCCCGCCAUGGCCGCUACUAGCGUGGUAGUUCUCGAUAGGGGUAACAACACCACUUGCACCAUCAAUUUACAUGGGGCCACAGUAGUGUCUUGGAGAGUUAAUAAUCAAGAACAACUAUUUGUAAGUAAGCAAGCAGUCUUUGAUGGAAAAAAAGCGAUAAGGGGUGGAAUUCCAUUUGUAUUCCCUCAAUUCGGUGCUUCUUCAUUUGGACCACAACACGGAUUUGCCAGAAUUGUGAGAUGGAAUUUGGAAAAGGCUCCUGAAAGACUUGCUAGUGGUGAUGUGGAGGCUAUAUUUUCUAUUAUGGACUCUGAUUUUACAAGGUCCAUGUGGAAUUAUCAAUUUCGCCUAACAUAUAGACUGAUUCUGCGUGAAAAAGAGCUCCAUUUUAAUAUCGCAGUGUACAACCCAAGCAAAGAACUUACAUUUAGUUUUAACAUGCUUUUACACACUUACUUUAAAGUUCCUGACGUCCGCCGAUGCCAAAUAACGGGCCUGCAGGGUUGUACUUUUAUUGAUAAGACUAGAGAAAGAACUAUUUAUCAAGAGGCUAGAGACGUGGUCACAAUUAAUGAAUGGACUGAUAGAAUUUAUCAAAAUACUCCUCAAGAACACAUUAUAACAAACGUUGUUUCUGGACGCAAAAUGCGCAUACAAAAAUACAAUUUUCCAGACACAGUUGUGUGGAACCCUUGGCUAGAUCAUGCCAAGGACAUGUCUGAUUUUGGGGACGAUGAGUACCCCAAUAUGGUGUGUGUUGAGGCUGGUCAUGUGUCAAGUCCAGUUAUUCUUCUGCCUGGCACUGCUUUUGAAGCUAGCCAAAUUUUACAAGUUAUGUAAGGUGUAAGUACCGUCCUAAUUGCAGUGUGUUCAAUUUCUAAACUAAUUUAAAUUUAAGUAGAGAAUAAUGUAUUUUUUUCAUUAUGAUAUUCAACCCUGAUAUUUUAUUUAUUUGGACCAUGCUUUUCAAAGGACCUUAAAUAUUUUUAAGCUGUAUUUAUUGUUUUACUGUUUUUUUAAAUUAAACUUCACACUGUUUAUAAGUUUAAUAAGCAAUGUCAUUAAGACAUUAGUUAGAGUGAAGGUGUGACAAGCAAUAGUUUUAGGAAGUAAGUGAUUUAUUGAUAUUUAUAUUAUAUAAGAAAAGAUUUUUGACUGUGUAAGUGGUAUAUUGAUGAUACCACAGCUCAACAUUCCAAAACUGUUUAGCCUUAACUUGUAUACGACUGGUAGAAAAUACUUUUUUGUGCAAUAGUGUUAUACUUUUUUAUAGUGAUAACUUAUUGUUAGAAGUUUGCUUUUUAUUUUAAAUAAAUUAUUAUAGUACA